UUUCAGAUGGAACAGGACAAUUUGGCCCAGAAGAAGAGACAAGAGGAGAAUGACGAGUAUCAGCGCAAGAAAGAUGAACAAAGAAAAAAGGCCGAGCGUAACGAAAAGAGGGCGGAGGAGGAGCAGCAGCGCAGGCGCCAACAACAACGACAGGAGCACUUCAGAGUGAACUCGGCCUUCCUGCACAACCUUGACGGUCGUGAUGGUUGUCGUCAGAGCUCACCUGGACCCCAUGACGGUUGAGCGGCGGCAACAGCUGGACCUGGACCAAGACCAGUAUCAGGACCUGGACCAAGACCUGGAUUUGGCUUUGAGUGAACUUUUGCAAAGAAGUGAGUCGAGCCUUCCUGAUGGCGACUACUAGCCAUCACCAGGUGUGAAUGAAUGAUGGGUUCUACAUGUAAAGUGGCUUUGGGUACUUAGAAAAGCGCUAUAUAAAUCCCAGGUAUUAUUAUUAUUAUUAUUACUAUCAGACACAGACUUUAUUCAACGCUCACUUGAUUGGCACUUUCCAGGAGGCGGAGCCAAGUGCCAUUCAAAAAGUUCAGGUGGGGGGUUUCUACUAUCUGUCUGCUUGCACCGACCGGUGACUCACUAUAAUUUUUUUUAGUCCUUGCAACACUUUUUGGAUUGUUUUUUUUUUUUUUUUUUCUCUCUCGCCGUGACUCAUCAUCUUCAUGUCUUGAGUGAGUCAAUAUGUGCAGCUGCAAGCAACAGCGUUCCUACCCAAAUAAGUGAUUAUUUUCUGGUGCAAACCUAAUGACAGUAAUAUUAAAAUAUAAAGACACCGCUGGGAGAGGACUGGAUAUCAUACUUGAAUGAAAUGAAAUGUCCCGUACAUUUAUUAUUAUUUUAUUACAGCAUGUUGACAUCUGCCAGGGCAGAAACAAUAUGUCAUUGUUUGCUUUGCUGGGUCUCUCUUCACAAAAUAAUGACGU